AUGAGUGCGGGAGUUUACAAAUUCUGGAAGUAUAUACUAUAUCUGUUUCUCAUCUGCCCGACUCAAAUCAUCCCAACUUCUGCUGCUAUGGUAAAGGGAAACGAAACAGAUCAACUAGCAUUGUUGGCCUUCAAAGAAAAAAUUAUCCAUGAUCCUCAAGGAGCUUUUAGCUCAUGGAAUAUGUCUCUCAACUUCUGCAGCUGGGCAGGCAUCACAUGCAGCAAACAACACAAAAGAGUCACCAGCAUAAACCUUGCAUCUAAGGCAUUUGUGGGCUCUUUACCGCGUGAUAUAGGAAACAUAAGUUUCCUGACUGAAACUGUUCUUACCAACAACAGUCUUCAAGGCACAAUUCCUCAAGAAGUCGACCGUCUUUUCAGUCUUAAAGUUCUAAGCUUGGGACGAAAUGCUUUGGAAGGAAAUAUACCAGAUACCUUGGGACGAGUUAAUAGGUUAGUCAUUCUUGAACUUUUUUCCAAUAACCUAUCUGGUGCGAUCCCGACUUCUGUUGUCAAUCUCUCAUCAUUGAAUGUCUUCAAUUUGGCCAAUAAUACACUUCAAGGAAGUAUACCAUCAGACCUUGGAUUGACCCAUCACAAUCUACAGAAGAUUCAGCUAUCUGAUAACAGAUUAAGUGGAACGAUCCCUAUAUCACUUUGUAAUGCUUCAAAACUUCAAGUUAUUCACUUGCAGUUCAACAGUUUUACCGGUCCCAUACCUGUAGAUUUUGGACGGUUACUGUUUCUUCAGAAAUUAGUUCUGACAAAUAAUAAUUUAGGAUUUGGGGAAAAGGAUGACUUGAGUUUCAUUAAAUCGUUGAUCAAUUGUAGCAGCUUAAAGAUACUGGAUGUAGGGGCCAAUAAUUUACAAGGAUCACUGCCCAGUUCUGUUGUUAAUCUAUCAACUGAGCUAACAAUGAUAAACUUAGCAGAUAAUCGGAUCUUAAUGACUUUCAUACUGUGUAAACUAGCUAAGAGAGAAAAAGAUAUGAACUACUGUAUUUUCCAUUAG